GGCAACUCGUACCAAGUACGGUACAGUACUUUUCGAACUCACAACUCUUCAGCGCCCAAGACUCCGAGACCAGCACGUGGGGAAUAACUCGAUGCUAACCCGGCAUCCCAACCACACGGAAAAGGCAGAAUCCAAGUCGUGAGCUGAAUACCGCUGUGCACACACGGCACAACACGUUGCAGAACAGAACAACACAACAACAACACAACAAAAGAGAACCCAAUGCCCGCAAUCCAUUUAUUUGGAAAACGGACCCUGUUGGGGGGCGACGAUCUCCACGUUCCGGCACUGGCAACGGUGCUGGUGCGAUUCGUCCAGCUGUCGUGGUUCGUCUUGCCGCUGGGAAUUUACGUCUGGAAACAGGCCGUUUUUACAUCAACCGUCAGCGAUGGCGACGGCGGGGGUGGCGGUGCCGGUGCCGGUGACGGAAGGUGGCCGCUCUGGAAGUACUUGUUCGAUUGGUGGGGAGAAGUGAAUGCCUCCCGGGCAGCCGGCGACGAGGGCUGGGAUACCGKUACAGCUCCGUGCACCGAGUCCUUCUUUGCCAGGUAUUACCCGCUGAUGUCUGUCUUGCACCUGGUCUCCACGGCGGUCUUUUGCGUCMACUCGGUGUCCCUCGAGUACCGGAUCUGGUACUGGUCUGGCCAGGGGACCCCGACGAUGCGACAGCCCCGAACGAAAAAGGUACAGGAAUUCCUUGAGUUCAAGCUGGGGACCUGCACGGUCCUCCUGGGCMUUGUCGUGGCGGGGACGUACGGCGUUGCCUCGGCCUGUUUUGCCCGGUCCUACCACCGCUGCUACUUUCGGACGAUCUCGCUCUUCAACCACACCGCUGGCUACGAUGGGGCCACGGACGACGGYGGAAACGCUGCCUUUCGGUACCUCGCCCAAUACGAUGACUUCUACGACGACUUCUACGACGGAAUGUGGCAGGAGGAUGSCACCGGCGAGGUUUUUUCCGGGACGAAACAAMGCGGCGACUGGGUGGGAUCGGYAUCGUGGUACGCCAUCGGUGCCUUGUUGGCAGUCUCUCAGAUGGCCGAAGUAGUGGUCGCGGCCCUCUAUUACUCGAGGCUGAUAACCAAGGCGAGCCCGGCCUCUCCCGUGGCCAGUGACGGCCUUUUCAGGUCGUCUUCCUUCCAAAACGACGGCAGCAACAACGGCRCAGACAACCACCAAAUCGUGCACCACGAAUUGGUCGAGGAAUUGUGGGCCGAUCGGUGCCAGUCCCUCUUCCGCUGCCUGUCCAUAUCGACGUGUUUCUUGUUCGGCGGGCACGACCUCCUCGRAAAMUCCCAGCAUGCCUACCGGCACGUGGCGCAGGCCCUCGCGGAUUACCUCGAAACGAAGGGCACACUGGACGUGGUCCCGACCGACCUGUUUACGGGCCUCCUGGUCCUCCAGAGGGUUCAGAGGCAUAGACGGUUGCUAGCGAUCCAAAGCGUGCGCUGUCACGAGAACCAGCCACCGGGKUCUCUGGCAARGUGGGGAGCACCUUCGGUKUCGACGGACGGGAAUUCCKGUGGAUURACAAAGGGAGCGGUACCGGAAACCAUCACGACGACUGUGGCGAGAACAACAGAACCUUCCGGUGGUCACCCGCGGGAUUCGCGGAGUGACUACCACCUCACAACCCAUUCCCCCGAAAUUCGSAACAGGARGGGUCUGCGGUCGAGGGGCGUGAGCAACAACGAUUCCAGGAGAGACCUACUGAACCGCCGGUCUCCCAGCCCGCCCUCGGGUCCUCCCCCAGUGCAGCAGGGUUUAGAUGUUCGAGGAACAGCGAGUGUACCGGGGAAUCACCCAGCGGCCACGCCGUUGCCAUGUCCAACGGUUCAAUCGUCAACCCAGCAGCAAUAUCAACAACCACAGCAGCAGCAACAUGAACGCCAAAAAAACAUCUAUCGGAGGCGGAAUCCCUCCGGCCCKUCCCYCAUCAACGGGACCGAUUCUGUCUUCCCUKUCGGUGCCAGUCCUGAUACACUCCAUAACGGGAACGGUGCCUCGUUUUACCGCGCCACAAUGAGGCAGAUCCUGGAUCCCGACGACCCYGUCGAURCGGCAACGCUAGAGGAAGGAGCACGCAUGUGCACGUAYGCACUCUCCAUCUAYACCUGGAUGCUCUACGUUUUCGUCCACCCCGUAACCGGAUUUCCCCGCUUGGUCUGCCGAUGCGGAAGCGGAUCGGUGGCAUCGCUGGGCAAAUGGGCCGCGGAUCGUUGCGGAUCUUGCUCCUGCAGGAUGUGCAGUGUCCUUGGACGCGGCCAAAACCACCGGUCGUCGUUCCCRAACUCGGUUUCCAUGCCGCUGAACCAGCAACGAAGUGCGGGGGCUCCGCCACAAGGCGGCUCGUACGAUACAAACACAAACASCCAGCAGCAGCAAUCAUCAUUCCCGUCGUCUUCCUCAUCAAGCGACUUGUCGUCCUCCUCUUCCUCGAAUUCAUCUCGAUCGCGGGUGCGAUCCCGGCGGGGUUCCGGCGUGUCCAGCGAUAGCGAACGUGGCGAACACUACGCAAACGAAGCUCGAGACUACGGGGAUCUGCGAACGUCCGGAGACAACCUCUGCGAAUGGCACAAGCGUGCAUUGCUUCUUGUGGCGGGGAUACCCGAAGCGGACCUGGUGUAUGCCCAAUUCAAUAAUCGGCUUUCCUCGGUACCGUACUGUAUCUUGCUGGACCACGAACGAUCUUUGGUAGUCGUUUCAAUUCGCGGGAGUCUGAGUUUGGAAGAUGUCGUUACCGAUACGCUGGUUUUGCCCGAGUCUCUAGAGGAACUUGGAGAACGUUACGGUUUUGAUGGGCGUGGCCAGUAUUGCCAUGCWGGUGUGCUCGCCUGUUUCGAAAACGUMCUGCGGGAUUUGGAGCGACACGGGUGGCUAGAGCGGUUGCUAGAGCAACAGUACCAAGGUUACAGUCUGCGCAUCGUCGGCCAUUCGCUCGGAGCCGGGGUCUGUACCCUUCUGGGCUAYGUCCUGCGGUCGAAGUACCSAUCCCUGAGGGUGUUUGGAUUUUCUCCUCCUGGUUGCACGAUGACGUGGGACCUUGCAACAAAAUGCGCUGAGUGGUCGACCUCGUUCGUUCUAGACAGCGAUAUUGUGCCCCGCCUCUCUGUCUUGGCGUUGGAAGAUCUAAGAGACGAAGUCCUAGAAUUGAUUGGUCGCAUCAAAGUUCCCAAGUACAAAGUCUUUCAAAACUUUUUGAAGGGUGGCGACAGGCGGAAGGGAUGCUUGCGUGGCAACAUCGAAAGCAACGACGAUGCCCAAAGCGCCUACUACAACGAUGAUUUGGAAAAACUGACUCAGAUCAUUAAMGAAACGUUGUACGAUGUGCCUCCCGAUACCAUAUAUCAACGUCAAUUGCUUGACUUUCUGAGAGUUCAAGCGGAACGAAAGGAGGUUCGAGGURAAACAAACAGCCGAAGKUUGAGGUUGUAUCCUCCGGGUAGGAUGAUCCAUCUCGUAAAGACAGGAGAAGAAGGCGGAUGUGCCAACAUGAUCAACAAGUGCUUGACUUGUUGCACGUCUAACUCUGGAUUUCUGUACACUCCUGUGUCUAUUUCCAAUGACGACCUGGACGAGAUUGUUGUGAACGCAACGAUGGGAACGGAUCACUUUAUCGAUCGAAUGUGUGACGAGUUGCAUAGGAUUUCAAACGAUUAUUUGGAAAGGGGAGGAACAAUACCGGCUGAGAAUCCUCGAGUUGGUCUCCGCACUGGGAUUGUAUAAAUGYUUUGAAUCCUGGAGAUGCAGCGAUUCAUUUGAAARCAUCCCAUGCCACCAUUAGCUUGCCUUGAGCCCUUUUACUUUWAUCCAAGCUAACGAAGUAAACUGUGUCAACUUCUUGUCGUAGCCACAGAAUAAUGACAAACAGUAGCUAUGCUAGUGUAACUUAAUUGGAUCUAAGCCAGCAAUCUC